AAACUGAAGGUUAAGGUGGCGGUCAGGGGUCAAAACGCGGCACCGCAUGGGAUAAAGAGCAUCGCCAAUCGAAAAUUCGGCAAUAUUAUUGAUUGUUCUCUCUCUCUCUCUCUCUCUCUCUCUCUCGCUAUCUGGGUGUGAGGUGGGCGCAGAGAUAAUCGAAGUCCAUAAUUUUCCAUCGUCCAUGGACUCUACUUCCCAACCAUCAGGUAGUAAUGCUCCAGCUAAACCUUGGGAACGAGCAGGGACCUCAUCAUCUGGCCCAACACCUUUUAAACCCUCAUCGCCUGGCAGCACCAGUGAUGUAGUUGAGGCAUCUGGAACAGCAAAACCCGGCGAAAUGGUUCCAGCUGUCAAUAAGAAUACAACUGUGAAUGGAAAUUCUCUUGGUAGGCCUGUACCGACUAGGCCGUGGGAGCAGCAAACAUAUGGGAGCACAUAUGGAGGCUAUGGCUCUGGUCUAAAUUAUAAUUCUGGUUAUGGUUCUGGAAUGUAUGGUUCUUCAUAUGGUGGAAUUGGAGGGUAUGGUGGUGGAUUGUAUGGAAAUAACAUGUAUAGAGGAGGUUAUGGUGGUCUGUAUGGAGGCGGUAUGUAUGGUGGUGGGGGAACGUACAAUGGUGGUUUUGGUGGUCCAAUGGGUGGUUAUGGAAUGGGCAUGGGCCCAUAUGGUGAUCAAGAUCCGAAUAACCCCUAUGGUGCUCCAUCAUCUCCUCCUGGCUUUUGGAUUUCUUUCCUUCGAGUGAUGCAAGGCGUAGUGAACUUUUUUGGCCGGAUAUCGAUUCUGAUAGACCAGAACACCCAGGCAUUUCACAUGUUCAUGACAGCACUGCUUCAGCUCUUUGAUCGCACAGGCUUAUUGUAUGGAGAGUUGGCCAGAUUUGUUUUGAGAUUGUUGGGAAUCAAAACAAAGCCCAGGAAGGUUCAAGGACCAGGGCCUGAUGGACUUCCUGCUCCUCAAAAUCCCCACCGGAAUCAAAACUACAUUGAGGGUCCUAAGGGUGCUCCAAGCGGUGCAUGGGAUAAUGUUUGGGGAGACGGUGCUAAUUAAGCCAACAAUUCACACCUCGUAAAUGAUAAACAAAAUAGAAUUGAGUGCUGUGGUACGCAAGGAGAUCAUAUGGAUGCAAAGCUGCUUGGUUAGCUCACUAAAUUAUGUCUGUUGUUUGCUUGAAAUAAAACUCUCUCUCUCUCUCUCUCUCUCUCUCUCUCUCUGUGAAGAUGGCCAGCGUCCACCAUUUGUGCCAAAAUCUUCCUGCUGAUGUUGUACCAAAGUCAUAGCAACCCCGAAAUGUUGGAAAGGAAAGAUGUUUGAUAAUUGGAAGUGACGAUGUAACAUUAUAUAUUUGAAUAAAUGAUUAUUAUUUGGAGCAA